CAUCACUGACCUCCAUCCACCAGCCAUGGGGAAGAUCACCUUCUACGAGGACCGGGGCUUCCAGGGCCGCCACUACGAGUGCAGCAGUGACCACCCGAACCUGCAGCCCUAUUUCAGCCGCUGCAACUCCAUCCGCGUGGACAGCGGCUGCUGGAUGCUCUAUGAGCAGCCCAACUACUCGGGCUGCCAGUAUUUCCUGCGGCGCGGGGACUACCCGGACUACCAGCAGUGGAUGGGCCUCAGCGACGCGGUCCGCUCCUGCCGCCUCAUCCCCCACACCAGCUCCCACAGGAUCAGGAUUUAUGAGCGAGAAGACUACAGGGGCCAGAUGGUAGAGAUCACCGAGGACUGCUCCUCGCUUCACGACCGCUUCCACUUCAGUGAGAUCCACUCCUUCCAAGUGCUGGAGGGCUACUGGGUCCUCUACGAGAUGCCCAACUACCGGGGGCGGCAGUACCUGCUGAGACCGGGGGACUACAGGCGCUACCACGACUGGGGGGCCACGAGUGCCCGAGUGGGCUCUUUGAGGAGAGCCAUGGAUUUCUACUGA